AUGCGGCGACCACAACCCUCGCGAGCCCCAUCGCACUGUCCACGGGCAAGCUGGUCGACCCUCGCCCCAGAGCUCCAGCUCCAUGUCCUCUCCUUCCUUCCCUAUCCAGAGCUCGUCACCCUCUCAGCCGUCUCGCCUUCGGUCCGCUCUCUCGUCCUGACCCCAGCACUGCACCGCACUCUCCGUGUCGAGCUUCCCGUCCGACGACCGGGCCUCCUACUGCGCAUGCUCCCUCACGUUCGCCACCUGACGAUACGGCAGCGGACGCAGUUCUCGUUCCGCUUCCUCCUGCCCUCGGGACCGUCGUCGCCCUCCAGUGACUCAUCAGACUCUCGGGACGAGAUGCGGGACAGCGAAGGAAGUCGCGAGGGCGACAUGGAGAUCGGGCGGAUAUGGGGCGGACUGGGACGGACGGGCCGGCAGGCGCCCUCAGCCUCGUUGGCGACUCAUCAGGAGGUCGUGCGAUACAUAUCCAAAUGUGAGGCACUCGAAGUGCUGGACAUGAGCGGUGUGCGCCUAGCGUGGUCUGGUGUCUGGCCGCUGCUGAAGCCCCCACUGCGCCAACUGACGGCGCGGGGGUGCGGGAUCUGCGCACCGACCCUGCCCUCGUCGAUGGAGGUUUUCGAUGCCGCCUUCAACUCCAUCGUCUGCCUCGAUACGCUGGGAGCGGAGCGACUCCGCCGCGUCGACCUCGCGUGGAACAAUUGCCUCACGUUCGAGGAUCUCGCCAUGAUCUCCUCCCGAGAGCUGGAGUGGGUAAAUCUCCGUGGCAUAGACGCCAUCACCCGCGAGGACGUGCGCCGACUAGAGCGGAGGUGGAAUGGGCUGAAAGAUGGGGCGGGGAUUGAACUGGACACGGAGCACCGGGGUAGAGGGAGGGAGGUCACGCCGCCUCCUGGGCUGAUAUCGCCCCCGCACACACCGGAUAGUUCUAUGGACACGGACACCGAGCCCAAGACACCCCCGCCACAGCAGCGGCCUUGGAUGCCGCCUAGUCCGCAGAGUCCCCCCUCCCCUGUGCGGAUAAUGCACACGGCGCUGCUGGAGAGCGACGAUGAGCAGGGAUACCGCCAGUUCAUCCACCAAGUGACGAGUGGCACGGUCGUGGCGCCAUAG